AUGCCAUGGGCGAUAAGACCGUCGCUGGUGGUGCUCUGGGGUGUCUGCUGGAUGUUCUAUGACUCUCCGCAGUCGGCGUUACCAAGCUUCAACCUCGAAGGACCCAUCGAUCUUGCCGGUCACGGAAAUGAGAUCUACUUUGAUCCAUACACUGGUUUCAACUUCGACUUGAAUGAGCUGGUCAACUCCUAUGAUGACUUCCCAAGUUUGGUGGAAGCUACGCACCCGACAUCAACUUCUGGCAUCUCCAUCAACGCAGGUGUGUUGGAUUCGAUAAGCCAGCCCAUAGGUCCGAUAUACCAGGAGCGAGGAGGGUCAACGCAGCAGACCUCGACCUCAACCUCGUCAAACCAAGCCGUAGCCCUAGACGAUUCCUCCAUUGCCACCGCCACCUCGCUGCCCUCAAAGCAGCCGAAGGCCUUCUGCUGCCCCGAGCCCGACUGCGACGUCGAGUUCGGGACGGAGCGGGAGCUCCAGCGCCACCGGGAGUCCAUCCACAACGGGUCCAAGUUCCCAUGCCCGGUGGCCGGGUGCAAACGAGGGCCACGGAACCCGUGCAACAGGAAGGACAACCUCCAGCGGCACAUGCGGAAAGUCCACGGCCAGGGCAUCGGCGAGUCUCCCGCCAUUACCGUAGAGAUACCCGCCAGGGGCCGGAAACGUCAGGCUGGGUCGAGCACGCAGGGCAGCAGUUUCUCUCCCGAUGGCAAGCGCCAGCAAACAAGGGAGACCAUGUCAACAGAGGUGGCUGACCUACAACGACAGCUCGCGGACGUAGCAGCGCAGCGGGAUGCCUUGGCAGAAAAGAACAAGGCCUUGGUGGAAGAAAAGAAGGUGUUGAUGGAAGAAAACAGGAUACAGCACGAGUUACUUCAGGUCCAGAGGAAGCGAAUCACUGAUCUCGGGAAGGCCAAAGCGAGCGAUGAUGGCUAG